AUUAAGGCACGUGAUCACUGUCAUCUCAGCGGGGUGUAUAGGGGGCCGGCUCAUGUUGCAUGCAACCUAAAUUAUCAGACAUCUUGCAUAAUAGCUGUGGUAUUUCAUGGUCUCAGUAAUUAUGAUAGCCAUUUUCUAAUUAAAGCAUUAAAAAAACAAUUUCCAGGUGAUAUUGAUCUUUUGGCUUUAAAUAAGGAAAGUUACAUAAGCUUCACUAAACGUGUUAAAGGUACUAGAAUUAAAUUACGUUUUAUAGACUCUUAUAAAUUCAUGGCUAGCUCAAUAAGUACACUCGCUAAUGAAUUAGAUGAUAAUGAUAAAAGUAUAAGUCGUAGUUAUUGCGACAAUUUAGAAGAAUUCAAAUUAAUAACAAAAAAAGGUAUAUUUCCAUAUGAUUAUAUUGAUUGUUGGGAAAAAUUUGAUGAAGAACAAUUGCCCUCAAAACUUGAUUUUUAUUCUCAACUUAAUGAAGAGCAUGUGAGUGAUGAUGAUUAUGCUCAUGCUUGCAAUGUAUGGAGAGUAUUUAAAUUAAAAAAUCUGGGAGAAUACUCAGAUUUAUAUCUCCGUACAGAUGUUCUUCUUUUAGCUGAUAUAUUUGAAAAUUUUAGAUAUUUUUGUUUGAAAACCUAUGAUUUAGAUCCAGCUCAUUAUUACACACUCCCAGGGUUGAGUUUUAACGCGAUGCUAAAAUAUACAGAGAUUGAGUUGGAAUUAUUAUUAGAUGCUGAUAAAUUAUUGUUUAUUGAGGGAGGUAUUAGAGGUGGCUUAUCACAAUGCUCACAUCGUCAUGUCAUCGCAAAUAAUAAGUAUAUGAAAGAAUACAAUCCAAAUAUUAGAGAUUCAUAUUUAAUGUACUUUGAUGUUAACAAUUUAUAUGGUUAUGCAAUGGCUUCUACACUACCAGUAGGUAAUUUUCAGUGGGUUGAGAACUUUGAUAUAAAUUCAUUACAAUCUAUUGGGGAUGAUGCUGAGUGGGGUUAUAUUUUGGAAAUAGAUCUAGACUAUCCAGUAGAGCUUCAUGAUGAACAUAGGGAUUUACCUUUGGCACCAGAACGACAAAUACCUCCUUUAUCUACAAGUAAAUGUCCAAAAUUAUUAGCAACUCUUUAUCCUAAAGAAAAGUAUGUAAUUCAUUAUAGGAAUUUAAAACAAUACGUAUCUCUGGGGAUGAAAAUUAAAAAAGUAUAUAGAGUUUUAAAAUUCAAACAACGAGCUUGGUUGAAACCAUAUAUUGACUUAAAUACUGAAUUACGUACCAAGGCAACAUCACUCUUUGCUAAAAAUCUAUUUAAAUCAUUAAUUAAUAUUUGUUUUGGUAAAAUGUUAGAGUCAACACGUUCACAGAGAAUAAUUAAAUUAGUAUCAAGAUAUGGCGGUCGAGGUGGAGCAAGAGCUUUAAUAUCAAAACCUAAUUUUCACAGCUCUUUAAUUAUUGAUGAUUUAGUUAUUGUUGAAAUGAAACGAUUGAGUAUCCUUUUUGAUAAACCAAUAUAUGGUGGUUUUACUAUUUUAGAUAUUUCAAAAACAGUCAUUUAUGAUUUUUAUUAUAAUUAUAUAAAAAAGGAAUUUAAAGAUAAUGUUAAUUUUGUAUAUAUGGAUACUGAUAGUGCAAUUUUAGAGAUUUUUACACCAGAUAUCUAUGAGUUUAUUCGUAGAGAAUGUAAUAAUUUUGAUACAUCUGAUUACCCUCUAAAUAAUCGAUAUAACAUUCCUCAAAAAAAUAAAAAAGUACCAGGUAUUAUGAAGGAUGAAUGCAAUGGGAAAAUUAUGAAGGAAUUUGUUGGGUUACGUUCGAAAGCAUAUUCAUUUCUAGUUGAAGAUGAGACUUGUAUCAAUAAUGUAAAACUUCAUAAAAAAGCUAAAGGAGUAAAAAAAUCAUCAAUGAAAACGAUUACUUUUGAAGACUAUAAAAAUUGUGUUGAAAAUCAUGUUCAAAUAUCUAGAAAACAAAAUUUAAUUCGCUCUGAAAGACAUCAAGUUUAUACAAUUACCACAGAAAAAAUAGCUUUAAGUUGGAAUGAUGAUAAGAGACUACUUAUUGAUGUUGUCCAAUUGGGUUUAUAA